UGCUUGGUUUAGUUCCGAGUCAAAGAUGGCGUCCGCUGUUUUGAAGGUUGCAGUCGCAGGUCUUUCCAGAUGUUCACUACUCACAUGCCUGAGAGUACAUUCGACCACAGCAUCCCUCCAUCAGAACAUCGCAGGGUCAAUGUGGAACCUGGGCAAGCUCAACCAUAUUGCCAUUGCCGUCCCAGACAUGGACAAGGCCGUGGCUUUGUAUCGCAAUGUCCUCGGGGCCACAGUGAGUGAACGGUUGCCUCUACCCGAGCAUGGUGUCUACACCGUGUUUGUGGAGCUUGGCAACACCAAGCUGGAGCUUCUUCAUCCUCUUGGGGAGAAAAGCCCGAUUGCUGGAUUUUUACAGAAGAACAAAUCCGGUGGGAUGCACCACAUUUGUAUCGAGGUUGAUGACAUCAAUGCUGCAAUCAGAGACCUGAAAGCAAAAAAUAUCAGAACUCUGUCAGCAGAGCCGCGAAUAGGAGCUCAUGGCAAACCGGUAAUGUUUCUUCAUCCCAAAGACUGUGAUGGUGUCCUGGUGGAGCUGGAAGAGGCAUGAAGCAGAUGGAAGCACUUCUGUACCCUGAUAUACCACCAAGUGGGAUGCUCUGCAGUUGUUACUUCAUUUUGCUGUUCAUAAAGUUACGUGUUGAAUGAGGUUAUUUUUGUGUGCUGAGUACAUCCUCAACGCAAUGUAUCAAAUACAAGCCUCUCCAUCAGAUUACAGUAUAAAGGAACUUUAUAUUUUAUGUCCAGAUGCGUUAUCAACAGUUCAACUUUUUCUUUUUAAUUUUUGUUGUAGAAAUUGUAACCUAAAUUUCCAAAAAUUACUUCAUUUCAUUCUUUUGUUUCUCACAUAUCUUAAACAAUUUUCAACUUUACGCAAAUUACAAUUUUCUCAUUUGAUUACAUUUUUCUCUAAAUAUUUUGACUUUAUUCUUGUAAAAAUUACUGCAGAUUUUUCUAUUUUGCUGCUGUCUUUUUUUGUUUUUAAUUAUUUUUUAGAUUUUUUUUAUAUAUAUACUUGGUUUGGGCCACGUAGUAAGUGGGCCAAACUUUUUUUUGACAAAGUACAUUGGAUGUAUUCCAGGGAAGGGGGACUGAAGUUCAUUUUUAUGUUCCUCACGAAGCCCCCGAAACACAUCCAUGGACCCCGGACGCGAAUGCUAGGUUGCAGCUUUGGCUGCGUCAACCACUACUAACCACUAAAGGGAAAUUUAUAUGCCACAAAUUUUCCAAUUAGGCAAGGGAACAUCUUUAGCUUGUCAAUGAAACAUCUUGCGCCAUGUUUGUAAGUAUGUGCAUAAAAUCCACAUUAAUAUUACUGUAUCUUUGUCUAAAAAGUUUCUCUAAAAUGAGUUAAAAGUGAGCCGAGUACAUUUCCUGAGAUAAAAGGAAGUGAAACACCUGGUGAUGUUUGCUUCCUGACCCGUUUGAAGCUUAAUUCAGCCUCAUUAAAAAAAAAAACAAAAAAAAAAAACAAGACAAAUACUAUUUCAGUUUUAAUUUAUUUCAUAUGCCCGACAUCUGGUGUAAAACACCAAUAAGUACAUUAUAGGGAUGGGAUGCAGCAUACUAAGUUGUGUUGACAGAAGCGGAAGAAGUUACUACAUGAAUAACACACUGGCCUGAAGCAUGCAGGUGGCUUUCCUAUUUGGUACACAGAAAGCAAAAUGCAAAAUAACAAAUCAGGAGGGAUUUAGCUGCUUUCCUUGCCCAGAGUAUGUUUGUCAAAUAGGUAUUCUGCCAUGCCAUUCUGAGGGGCGCCCAUGCGACGCAGGUUGGUCACCCAGUCUGCCAGCUCUUUGAUGGACUUGACUUGCUCGUCCAGGAAGUGGGUCUCGAUGAAAUCACACAACUGAAAGACAUUGAAUCAACAUGGUUGAGAUUUUGAUUUAAAAAAUUUUUUUUAAAAAAGACAUCCUGAAAAUGUUGGCAUCACACAGAAAAGAAGAUUUUGCUUUGAGUGUUUUCCCCUUUACACCAGGGGUGUCCAAAGUGGGGCCAUUUGUAAUCCACGGCACAUUCUAAAAUAAUUUACCAAGAAACUAAAAAACCCAACAAAAAACAGCAUUAAAAAAAAUUGCAAAAUCAGCAGAAAUUUUACAAGAAUAAAAUCAAGUCAUAAUUUCACAAUAUUAUCAGGAAUAAUUAUGUCAUUUUAGUAGCAUUAACUUCAAAUAUGAGUUUUUUUAAGUGGACUUUGAGAAAAAAAACAAAGAAAGUUGUAAUUUUUGAAAAAUUAGGUUGGGGAAAAGUUACAAUAUUACAGGAAUAAAGAAAAUAUGGAAAUCACGUCAUAAUAUUACAAGAAUAACAUUUACAAGAGGUUACAAAAAAAUUAUGAAAAAGCAACAGCAGAAAUUUUACAAGAAUAAACGUCAAAAUAUUCAGAAAAAAAAAGUAUUUACCGAGAAAAAAAAAGUUGCAAUUUUACAAGAAUAAACUUGUAAUAUGGGGAAAUAGUGUCAUUUUAGGAGGAUAGAGCUGAAAUAUUGAAGAUUUCUUUUAAGUCAUUAUGAGAAACAAACCAAACAAGGAAUCCCAUAAUUUUUGGUAAAUUAGGUUGGAGAAAAAGUUACAAUAUUACGAGAAUAAAGCCAAUAUUUAUGUGAAUACAGUCAGAAAAUUACGAGAACAAAAUUUACAAGAAGAAAGUUGAAAUAUUUGGAAAAUUACAAAAAGCAACAACAGAAAUAGUAAAAACAACAAAUUUCACAAUAACAGUCAAAAUAUUAGAGAAAGUCGUAUUUAAGAGAUUUUUUUUUUUUCUUUACAAUUUUAUGAGAAUAAACUUGUAUUGUGGGGGAAAAUGUCAUUUUCAGUAACAGAGCUAAAAAUAUGCAUGUGUGUGUGUGUGUGUUUGUAUACCUGUAUAUAAAAAACUAAGUCAUAUGAG